AUGGCAGAAAACAGCACUAUGGUGACGGAAUUUGUGCUGAUGGGAUUCCAGCUUCAGCCAGAGUGGCAGAUGGGCCUCUUCUUUGUGUUUCUGAUCGUGUACCUCGUCACCAUUGUGGGCAACCUGGGCAUGAUCCUAUUGGUUCAGAGUGACACUUACCUCCAGACUCCCAUGUACUUCUUUCUUAGUCACCUUUCCUUCCUGGACAUUUGCUAUUCCUCUGUCAUCAUCCCUCAGUUGCUUGAGACCUUAGGGGCUGAUAAGACAGUCAUCACCUUUGAGUGCUGUGCCACCCAAUUCUUCUUUUUCACACUUUAUGCUAGCACUGAAUGUUUCCUGUUGGCCGUGAUGGCAUAUGACCGUUAUGUGGCUGUGUGUAACCCUCUCCUCUACACCACAGCCAUGACACCAGAAAUCCGCCUAAGACUGGUGGCUGGGGCAUAUGCUGGUGCAAUGGUCAAUUCUGUGAUCAGAACGGGGUGUACUUUCUCCCUCUCCUUCUGUAAUUCCAAUUAUGUGGACUUCUUCUUUUGUGACCUGCCACCCUUGCUGAGGCUUGCCUGUAGCAACACCAAGCCACGGGAGCAAGUGAUUUACCUCUUAGCUUUUACAGUCAUCACAACCAGUAUUUCCGUGAUUCUUGUCUCGUACUUGUUCAUCAUUAGGGCCAUUCUGAGGAUACGAACAGCAGGUGGCAAAGCCAAGACCUUCUCAACCUGUGCUUCUCAUAUGACUGCAGUGGCUCUUUUCUUUGGGACUCUCAUAUUCAUGUACCUGAAAGGUGACAUGGGCACAUCCCUAGGAGAGGACAAGAUUGUGUCUGUGUUUUACACUGUGAUUAUCCCCAUGCUGAACCCAAUGGUCUACAGUCUCCGAAACAAGGAAGUGAAAGGGGCUCUGGAGAAAGUUUUUAAGAAGAUGAAGAUUUCCCAAGAAGAGUAA